CUUGGUCCAAUCCUUACGACGCCUAUGACAACAUGACUGACAUUUUUACGCACAGAAAGUAGCCUACAUUGGCAAAUAACCACUAAAAAGCACAUGGACAGAAAAUGCAUUAGGCUUUAUUGAAUCCAAUAAAAUCGAAUAAAAAAAAGCUUUACAGGGCCAUAUAAUCCUUUUAAGGACGGGACAUCACUUUACUCUCAAGAAGUAAUAGGGUUUGUGAGUCUUUUUUGCGCAUAUCCCUACGCGUAACCAUGAUGUAGCUUUUGGCACGCCUUGUGCAUUCCAGAAUGGCGACGCCGCCCUUGACGCCGCCGACUUGGGCAAACGACGUCCCGAGUGUGUACAGUCAUCAAAUCCUUUUAAUUCCCUCGCUGUGGUCAUUACUGCUCUACGUACAACAACUUCAACUGUUGGCAAUGAGUUAGGAUGAAGUGGAGUGGGUCAGGUUACACUUUUCCUGUCUAAAAUUAGGGGAACUGCGCUGACGCAAGAUGGCUAAACUCGGUCUCUAUGUGUGACAGCGGGAACAAGACCGUGGAUCCAUGGAAACGUACCCUGCCAUUUAGCUGUUGUUGAUGACUGGUUGUAUUUUUAGACUUUGUUGUCAUCUUUCCGUAACACUUGGUGUCCAGCAUAUGGUAUAAAGGCGAGUCUUUCAAAAUGCAGCUGUACAGCAGUGCGUUGACACACUAUCCCGGAUCCUCUCGCAAAGUUUCGAUAACUAUCACAAGUGGUACCACUACCGACCAUUUGUCCAGAACAACAACGAGCUCCUCUGUGAAUAAUAAACCGAGUGGGCCUAUUCCAGCAGGCACUAACGGGAAUACUGUAGGAGAGACUCAAUCUACUGCAAACAUGCCUGCUGGUUUUUCAUGUUACGAGGCUGCUUCCAUGAAGCCAGUCUACUACACUUCUACCGCAGAGAUAAUCAUUCGUCGGCCUGACGGAGUUGAGAGAUCCGUACCAGUGCACAUCAUAAAGGAAACCCAAACCAAACGGGCUCCAUCAGACUCAUAUUCACAAGAUAUCCUGAUUCAGCCGCGUGACCGAGAGGAUCAUUUGGAUACAGACUUGAUUGUGGACUUCAUUGAUCACUUCAGAGGUAGAGGGGAUUUUUUCAGUGAUAGUCAAAAGGUCGAACGUGAAAAUAACCUGAUACAUUUUGACAAGAAAGAUGGACCAAGUUACAGAAAGUGUGAGGAGAGAAUGAACAUGGCAAAUGGGGAAGGAAAAACUGUUACAAGGGACAUUGUAAGCCCAAAACGCCAUCAGAACCUGAAGGCCCUGGCAACCCAUUUGGGCCAAGGUAUCUUGGAUUCCUGUGAGAAUAUAAAUGAUAGUGAAUGCGCAGACCUGGACUUUCCAUCUGGCGAGGCGCCGCUCUUUGAGCUCAAUGUCCUACAGGAGCCCCCUCCCUCUCCGCGGAGAGAAGCAGAGAAAUGUGAGGACGACAAAGUGACGCGUUACAUAGCGGAAGUGGAGAAACAGAACAAAUACCUUCAGGAGAAGGUACACAAGUACAGAUUCCACAUCAUCCCUGACGGCAAUUGUCUGUACAGGGCGGUGUGCAAAGCCGCCUAUGGAGAGCAGUCUAUGCACAAGGAGCUGAGAGACCAGACAAUGCACCACAUAGCCGACCACCUGGAUGAGUUUAGCCCCAUCAUUGAGGGGGAUGUCGGGGAGUUCCUGAUCAACGCAGCGCAGGACAGUGCCUGGGCGGGCUAUCCGGAGCUUCUGGCGAUGAGUCAGAUGUUGAAUGUGAACAUUUACCUGACCACUGGAGGUAGCUUGGAGAGUCCCACAAUUUCAACCAUGGUGCACUACCUGGGGGAAGAGGACUCGUCCAAACCCGCUGUCUGGUUGAGUUGGCUCAGUAACGGACACUACGAUGUCCUGCUGGACAGGUGUGUGGCUAACCCAGAGUAUGACGACUGGUUCCGUCAUUCUCAGGUGCAAAGGAAACGGGAUGAAGAGCUGGCCAAGUCGAUGGCAGCGUCACUGUCUAAAAUGUACAUCGAACAAAAUGGUCACAUUUGAAACCAAUAGUUAUCCGAUUUCCUGCAUUGAAAUAUUACUGUGUGUUAAAGUAGGCUAGCUGUUACGUAAUGGGCCAAUCAUCUCUGCUGAUAGUAGUGGAGCCUCUGUUAUCUGAGGUCUGAGAGGGCCUCAGUCAGCACCUGGGGCCCCUGUUGGCCCCUGUGCUAAGGACAUCUCACAGCCCAGCUCACGACUCACCCUGGGCUCAUACUGUCUCUCUCUCUCUCUCUCUCUCUCUCUCUCUCUCAAAAUCGAUUGCACUUUAAAUAUGUGUGCGUGACUUCAACAUUGCCUUAUUCAUUUAUUUUUCUACGUUUUGUAUUGUAACCGAAGUGCAGCGCACAUGUUACAUUUUGAUAUUUUGAUGUUUGUGUUGUAAAUACUCUAAAUGCCAAAAAUGACACUUGAAGGAGAUUGUGUGUUUUUUCCCUAUAGGCUACAUUGAUGCGUUUUAUGUUUGAGCACUUAGGUGAGACUAUUUAUUAGGUUUUUGACUGGUUCAUUGACAGUUAUUUUUGUAUUAUUACAUAUAACAGUUAAGCUGUGUUGCCAAGCUUUAUGCCUUUGUGAGGUGCUUGGAGCACAAACAGCAACAUUGUUUUUAAAUAAUCAUUUAAUAAUAAUAAUUUGUAAUCAGGCUGUAUCACAACCGGCCGUGAUUGGGAGUCCCAUUGGGCUGCGCACAAUUGGCCAAGCGUCGUCCGGGUUUGGCCGGUG